UCGACCCAAUAUAAAAAAAAAAAAAAAAGGUUCUGAUCUCAACAAAAGUUUGAAGAGUCAAACAAAACAAACCUGUUGAGUUCUCUCAGAAGUAGAAGGAGAAGAAGAAUCGAAGAGGAUGAAGAAGCGAACGAUGUACGCAUGGGGAGCAGCGAUUAUAAUCUUCAUAGUUCUAAUGAUCGUCACUCCCACCAUCCCUCAAUCUCAGGCUUACCACGAUUUCGCCGAUCAACGCUCCUAUUUCGGAUGGACUUGCUUUUACGUUGGUGUUGCUGCUGUUGCUUUUGGAUCUUCUUACUAUCAUCUUCACCCUAACGAUGCUACUCUCCUCUGGGAUCGUCUUCCUAUGACUAUUGCCUUCACAUCAAUCAUGGCUAUAUUUGUAAUCGAGAGAAUUGAUGAGCAUAAGGGUACUUACUCCAUUGUUCCUUUGCUUCUCGCUGGCCUUAUUAGCAUUUUGUAUUGGAGGUUUUUCGACGACCUUAGACCAUAUGCUUUAGUACAGUUUGUUCCCUGCAUUGUUAUUCCCUUGAUGGCUAUUCUAUUGCCUCCAAUGUAUACACAUUCUACGUAUUGGCUCUGGGCUGCAGGAUUUUAUCUCUUAGCCAAGGUGGAAGAAGCUGCUGAUAAGCCUAUAUAUAGCUGGACUCAUCAUAUUAUUAGUGGCCAUUCUCUGAAGCAUUUGUGCGCUGCUAUGGUCCCUGUCUUCCUUACCCUCAUGCUUGCAAAAAGAACCGUUCAAACUGAGAGGAUUAGCUUGUAUACAACAUGGAAGGUAUCAUGGACGAGGAGUAAAGGGAAUGGCUCCGAGGAAGAGAGGUUUGAUUAUAGCUACUCUAACGUUGCAGUCGAAGAGACUCGAUAGAGGUUAUGUUGGUGAUUCUCGUAUAUUGUAAGACCUUUGAUAGUCGUGGUUAAGAUCAUUGAUUGGCUAACAGAAGUUGUUAUAGGUGGUAGAAGUAGUUACACUUGCACCCUUUUGCAAUCUUAUCAAAUGCUACAUUUUACCAUAGAUGUGUUGCCCCUUUGUUACCAAUCAGUUAUGUUUGUCAUUUUUUGAUGUUAUUCCUUGUAAUUGGAAAAAAAACGCCAUGUUCUUAUUAGCAACUCUGGUUCAAGAACCAAAUCUACUGACCAAAUUGGAAAACAAGUUUGCCUUAGUUUACACUAGUAUCAUCAAGAUAAGCCGUUAAGUCUCCUAAUAACAGAGACGACACCUUGAAAUCCCAACUUCCCAUCUCCAUUUGCCACCAUUCC